GUAUAACAUUAGCAGCGGCAGGAUACACAACUAGGGGUUUUCCUCAACAACAAGUUUAAAUUCGUUAGUCAACCAAAAUCGUUUAACAAUGCGUGCUUGCCGCCCUAGAAAAAGUUCUAUCAUUAACCAAAUUAUGUCAAUUCGUCGGCGUAGAGCUCUAGUUAACAUGCAAUUUUUGCGCCGUCAUUUGAUUGGACAGGCACUUGGAAUUAUGAAUCGGGAUAUUCAACGUCUUAGGAUAAAUUCGCGGCGUCGUAAUCGUAGAAGGAGAGCGCAAUUUAGAGUCCGUACACAAAGUGAUAUUACAAUGCGCUCAGUGAGGCAUCACGGUCGGAACCCAUUUCGCCAAGGACCACGGCUACAGCGAAAUAAUUCACUGUGGGGACAAGCGGACAUUAUAACCACACAGGGAGCGUUGGAAGCUUUGAAUCGACUGGCUGCAGGGAACAGCGAACCAAAUUCAUUGUUAGUAAUGGUGCAAUAUACCAAUGGGCGGUAUAAUUUAAGCUUAAGUGGAAAUCCGCAAAAUGUGAGCUAUAUCGUUCAAAAUCCCAUUGGGAAUGGUCAGAACCAACAGGUCCAAGAUGGCAAUGAUCCGGCAGCUCAGGCUGCUGAGGAUAAUAAUCCGGAGGUUCCAGAUGCCAAAAGCAAAUCAGGAGGAUCAAGUGAAAGCUUAUGAUCAGAAUCGAGAUAAUAACGAAGAAUAGGAUACUUACUCACAUAGUAUCAAGUAAUGUAUAGUUUGGAUAUUUUUCAUCCUACACAUAUAUACAAUAUUUUCAUUACCAAAAGAGGUAAAUAAAAUUGUAAAUUCCA